CAGCACCAACAAACAUAAAAGCAGAUAAUAGACAUAAAACUAAAUUAUGUAAUGCUGUUAUAUUACGUAAAGAGAAUGGAGAUGAUGAUGACAUCAAAAGAUCUAGAAACUCAAGAGAUGCUGUAGGUAAACUUAAUAGAAUUACUGAUUCUGCACAUAGGCUCUGUGAUAUUGCUCAACGAGAAAAUAAUCAAUUGGCUCCACUUCAGUCACAAAGGGUCUUGACCCCAUUUCCCUGGAUUAAACCUUAUGAGGUUUAUGAAAAUGAGAUUGAUAGUGUUAUAAUUCUUGAAUUACAUGACUAUUUAAAUCAUACUCAAAAUCCAUCUACAAACGAAUUACUUACAGAAGAACAAAUAGUCCAAAUGGUCACCACUAAUAAUGAUGAACCAGAUAGUGAUGAAGAGCCACAUCAAAUCAAUGAUAAGGAAGCACAAAUACCUUUCAUAGCUAUUUUGAACAAUAAAAAAGUCUUGCAUCUAAUAAUGACCAAGAGUCAGAAUCCUGAAAAAAACGCUAAACUCCACAGCAAAAAAUUAUUCACAUGCAAGAAAAUCUUUUUCAAUUUCCCGAAACCAAGAGACCUCACAGACAGUCGAAUUGAAAAAUUCAUCACCAAGUAA